UCAGAGAAGCAGAACCUCCCGCCGCCCCUAAUACCAGACUUGUUAGAAUAGAACAGAGCAGAGGAGCACGCCGUUCACCAAUGGCGUCUGCCGGAAACACUUCCCUUGCCAAGCCCACCUUCCUCCCUUCCUCUCUGAAACCAUCCAGCCACCAAAUCCUUCUCCCCAUCUUCACCAAUUAUCCGAACUCCUCUCCCUGCCGUCCUCUAGACAUCACCAACACCCUUUCAAACCCCAACCCUAAACGCCCCAUCACCACCACCACCAGCGUCACCUCCAUUUCCGCCGCAUCAGCUGCCGCAACCGCCACUGCCACUGCCGCCCCAAUCACACCACCCACCACAACCCCACCUGCCUUCAUCUCCAGAUUCGCACCUGACGAACCCCGUAAAGGUUCUGAUGUCCUCGUCGAAGCCCUUGAACGUGAAGGCGUCACCACCGUCUUUGCUUACCCAGGUGGAGCUUCAAUGGAGAUCCACCAAGCCCUCACACGCUCCUCCGUGAUCCGUAACGUUCUCCCUCGCCACGAACAAGGCGGCAUCUUUGCUGCCGAGGGUUAUGCCCGUUCCUCCGGCCUUCCCGGCGUCUGCAUCGCCACCUCUGGACCUGGCGCUACCAAUCUCGUCAGCGGCUUCGCCGAUGCCUUGCUCGAUAGUAUUCCGCUUGUGGCCAUUACAGGACAGGUACCUCGGAGAAUGAUUGGUACAGAUGCGUUCCAAGAAACCCCAAUUGUGGAGGUUACCCGAUCUAUUACCAAGCAUAAUUAUCUUGUUCUAAAUGUUGAAGAUAUUCCACGAAUUGUCCAUGAAGCUUUUUUCAUUGCUUCGUCAGGUCGGCCUGGUCCUGUUUUGAUAGAUAUCCCCAAAGAUAUACAGCAGCAGCUUGUGGUGCCCAUUUGGAAUCAGCCCUUGAAGUUGCCUGGUUACAUUUCUAGGCUGCCGAAAUCGCCGGACGAGAAGCAUUUGGAACAGAUAAUUCGAUUUAUUUCUGAGUCGAAGAAGCCUGUUUUGUAUGUUGGUGGUGGCUGUUUGAAUUCCAGCGAGGAGCUUAGGAGGUUUGUGGAGCUUACAGGUAUACCUGUGGCGAAUACUCUAAUGGGUCUUGGUGCUUAUCCCACCAGGGACGAGCUUUCGCUUCAAAUGCUUGGAAUGCAUGGUACUGUUUAUGCAAAUUAUGCUGUGGACAAAUCGGAUUUGUUGCUUGCGUUUGGAGUUCGAUUUGAUGACAGGGUUACUGGAAAAAUAGAAGCUUUUGCGAGUCGUGCUAAGAUUGUUCAUGUUGAUAUUGAUCCAGCUGAGAUUGGGAAGAACAAGCAACCUCAUCUCUCGAUCUGUGCUGACGUAAAACAGGCAUUGAGAGGAAUGAACAAGUUGUUGGAGGAGAGGCAAUCGAAGGUUAAGCUCGAUUUUUCUGCUUGGAGGAAGGAGCUUAAAGAGCAGAAAUUGAAAUUCCCACUGAAUUUUAAGACUUUUGGAGAAGCUAUUCCCCCUCAAUAUGCAAUUCAAGUGUUAGAUGAAUUGACAAAUGGGGAAGCAAUUAUAAGUACUGGAGUUGGGCAGCAUCAGAUGUGGGCUGCUCAAUGGUAUAAGUAUAAGAUGCCACGCCAGUGGCUGACAUCAGGGGGAUUAGGUGCGAUGGGUUUUGGGUUACCUGCUGCCAUUGGGGCUUCUGUUGCCAACCCUGAUAAGAUUGUUGUUGACAUUGAUGGUGAUGGAAGCUUCAUCAUGAAUGUACAGGAGCUAGCUACGAUUGCUGUUGAAAAAUUACCUAUCAAGAUAAUGCUAUUGAACAACCAACAUUUGGGAAUGGUUGUACAAUGGGAGGACCGAUUUUACAAGGCUAACAGAGCCCAUACAUAUCUUGGAAAUCCAUCAAAUGAGUCUGAGAUAUUCCCAAACAUGUUGAAGUUUGCAGAAGCUUGUGGUAUACCUGCUGCUCGUGUGACGAAGAAGAGCGAGCUUAAGGAUGCAAUUAGGAAGAUGUUGGAGACCCCUGGACCAUACUUGCUGGAUGUUAUUGUACCCCAUCAAGAGCAUGUUUUACCUAUGAUUCCGAGUGGUGGAGCAUUCAAAGAUGUGAUCACUGAGGGCGAUGGCAGAUCAACGUAUUAAUGUUCUGGUGUCUUGGCAUUGUUCAGUAGUUCCUUUGUUUAAAGUUCAAUCAUGACAGAAGAGUUUCAGCAAGUUCUCUUGGGCGGCUAAUAUUUAUUUUGCUCUCUUUUUUUCGGUAUUUGCCAUCUUUUCAUAUAUUGGAUAGUUGAGCAGUCAUAGUUUGGUUUUUUACAUUGCUGAAUUAACUGUUCUUGAUCUCUUAGCGUCUGUUUUCUAUUAUGUUUCAUCACAAAUCAAUACUUUAUGGAAUUCAAUUUGGAUGUGGAGUUCUCAAGGGGAUUCUGGAUUGCAUUUCU